GCGCAGGCGCCAUCUCCGGGACCCGCCGAGCCCGCACAGGUCUCUGCUGUUGCUGCCUGAGCCUGCAGGAUGUUUCAUGGGAUUCCAGCCACUCCGGGUGUGGGAGCCUCUGGAAACAAGCCCGAGCUGUACGAGGAAGUGAAGCUGUACAAGAAUGCCCGGGAGCGGGAGAAGUAUGACAACAUGGCGGAGCUGUUCGCAGUUGUGAAGACGAUGCAGGCCCUGGAGAAGGCAUACAUCAAGGACUGUGUCACCCCCAACGAGUACACGGCGGCCUGCUCCCGGCUUCUGGUCCAGUACAAAGCCGCCUUCCGGCAGGUUCAGGGCUCAGAGAUCAGCUCCAUUGAUGAGUUUUGCCGCAAGUUCCGUCUGGACUGCCCGCUCGCCAUGGAGAGGAUCAAGGAGGACCGGCCCAUCACCAUCAAGGACGACAAGGGCAACCUCAACCGCUGCAUAGCGGAUGUUGUCUCGCUCUUCAUCACAGUGAUGGACAAGCUGCGCUUGGAGAUCCGGGCCAUGGAUGAGAUCCAGCCUGACCUACGGGAGCUAAUGGAGACUAUGCACCGUAUGAGCCACCUGCCCCCCGACUUUGAGGGCCGCCAGACAGUCAGCCAGUGGCUGCAGACCCUGAGCGGCAUGUCAGCAUCCGACGAGCUGGACGACUCCCAGGUGCGCCAGAUGCUCUUCGACCUGGAGUCGGCCUACAACGCCUUCAACCGCUUCCUGCACGCCUGAGCGUGCAGCCUCCUGCCCCAGCUGUGCAUGGAGGAGGGGACACUCGGGGGCCCGUUGGAGGGCCUCAGCCUCCCACGAUGGUUCCU